AUGGCCAGGUUGCGAAAGGGGCCGGGGUUUGGGCUUUCGACGAAGGAGAGGGAUGACGACGCUUCCCGAUUUGCGAUUGCGGAACAAGGACAGCCGACAGUCGAUGGAAAGUCUGUCAAGCAGGCGCAAACGAGGGCAAACACGCAGGCGGGCAAUUGGCAGGUGGAGUGGUUGGCGGGAUGGCGUGCGGUGCAGGAGCAACUUACUGCGACAACUGGCGCGGUCGAGCGGGGGCUCGUGGAAGAAGAAGCAAAGAAGAGGAAGGAGAGUGAGGGAGAGCAGAGCGAGCCCCUCGAGGCGCAGCUUGCGAUGACAAAGGAGCGACGGGCGUGGGCGUGUGAGAGGGCGGGAGGGCGGAAGAGAGGCGCAGAGGUGGAGAGGCGGAGAGGAGGGAGGUUGGCAGGCGUAAGAUGA